GAGUUGUAGAGGCUUCAGGGGAGUUGAAUGGGCAAGAUGUUUCAAAAAGUAAAAGCAGUAUUUUCUAGAGCAAAAUUAUCACCUGCGGAAUCAGAUUGCCAGAAUGAAGGUGUCUCUCCACCACCCAAGGCAUCUACAGGCCAGGGUGAAAAUAAAAACACAGAUGAACGACAGAAAUCAGAGGCCAAUAAGAAAGCAGAACCCACAACAAACCAACAAGGUACAGUCCCAACAAAAUCACCUGAGCCUUCAAAAACUGAAAAAUCAACCGAACCAGCUAAGAAAAUUCAACAAGAACAGCAUUUGAUCAGUGAUGGGAAAGAAGAUGCUAACACGCUGAAGCCAACACCUUCAGGUUUCCAACCAAAUGAGUAUGCUGAUGCCCAACUUCAAGAGAUUGUGAGGAAAAUGCGGGAAAGGGCAACAGUCUAUAAGGAAAAGCUGAAAGACCCAGUGCUGUCCUCCCCUGAAGGGAGUCCUACAGCUUCACCAUCAAAGAAGAAGCCUCCACCUCAACCAAAAGAAGAAAAAAAAGAAGAAAAGAUUGAUGACGCAGAAGUAAAGCCGGAGGAGGAUCAUUACUGUGAUAUGCUGUGCUGUAAAUUCAAAAAAACUCCACUGAAAAAAUACCUGGAGUAUCUGCAGCUACCAGACAGCAUAGACUCAUACACAGAUCGCCGCUACGUAGCAUGGCUCAUGCUUGUGACAGUUGCCUAUAAUUGGAAUUGCUGGUUUCUUCCCCUUCGUUUUGUGUUCCCAUAUCAAACCCCAAGUAAUAAAAUAUAUUGGUUUACCAUAGACAUCAUUUGUGAUAUCUGCUACCUGUGUGACUUACUGAUUUUCCAGCCCCGAGUGCAAUUUUUAAGAAGUGGAGAUAUAAUAUCAGACAGAGUGGAAAUGAAGAAAUUCUACCACAGCUCUAUGAAGUUUUGGCUCGAUGUGAUAUCAGUAUUACCAUUUGAAGUUUUAUCCUUCUUCUUUGGAUUUAACCCAGCAUUUAGAGCAAAUAGGAUGCUAAAGCAUAACACAUUCUUUGAGUUUAAUGAUCGUUUGGAAGCUAUUCUGGACAAAGCAUACAUCUACAGGGUCAUUCGAACAACUGGAUACUUGCUGUUUAUCUUGCACAUUAAUGCAUGCCUGUAUUAUUGGGCUUCAGACUAUGAAGGACUUGGCAGCACUAGAUGGGUAUACAAUGGCAAAGGAAACAUGUAUCUGAGGUGUUACUACUGGGCGGUUCGUACUUUAAUCACAAUUGGUGGGCUUCCAGAACCACAAACUCUGUUUGAGAUAGUUUUUCAACUGCUGAAUUUUUUCCUGGGUGUCUUUGUCUUCUCCAGCUUAAUUGGUCAGAUGAGAGAUGUUAUUGGAGCAGCAACAGCAGGACAGACCUAUUACCGUUCCUCUAUGGACAACACUGUCUCCUAUAUGAACACUUACUCUAUUCCAAAAGCGGUCCAAAAUCGUGUUCGAAAGUGGUAUGAAUACACAUGGGACUCUCAAGGAAUGCUGGACGAAUCAGAAUUACUGGAGCAGAUGCCAACAAAAAUGCAAUUAGCCAUUGCAAUUGAUGUGAACUUUGCCAUUGUCAAUAAAGUUGACUUAUUCAAAGGGUGCGAUACCCAGAUGAUAUAUGACAUGCUGUUAAGGCUGAAAUCCAUUGUAUAUUUACCUGGUGACUUUGUCUGCAAAAAGGGAGAGAUUGGCAGAGAGAUGUACAUCAUCAAACAAGGUGAAGUUCAAGUCCUUGGAGGCCCUGAUGGUACAAAAGUCCUGGUUACACUAAGAGCAGGAGCCGUAUUUGGGGAGAUCAGCCUAUUAGCUUCAGGUGGAGGAAAUCGAAGGACUGCCAAUGUGGUGGCUCAUGGUUUUGCCAACCUUUUCAUUCUGGACAAGAAAACACUCAAUGAAAUCUUGGUGCACUACCCUGACUCAGAAAAACUUCUCAUGAAGAAAGCAAAGGUGCUGCUGAAGGAGAAAGGGAAACCUGCUCCAGGACCACCAGUGAAACAACCACAAGGCUUGGCCAGUGUCUUUGGGCAGAAACAGGAAACUCCAAAAUUGUUUAAAGCAUUGCUUGGAGGAAAAGGAAAAGGAGGCCUUGCUAAGCUGCUGCAGAUGAAGAGACAAGACAUUCAGGAAACUCAGGCUGAAGCAAAGAAGCCUGAACAAGAGGAGAAGAAACCCAUGGAGCCCACAGCCUCAUCUGCACCCCCUGUACAAAAGGAAGAGCCGAAUGCAGAUGCUAAACCUAAACCUCCAGUUAUGCACAGAGGAACCACUAACGAGUCUCUGAUCAUUAGCAUGUCUCCAUCCCCCAGAGCAGGAGAAGGAGAGAUCCUUAAAGUUGAAGUUAAAGAGAAAAAAAAAUAAAUACAUGGUGCUUUGUGCUGUGGCCCCAUCUAUUGUCUUGCUGAAUUCAGAGAGCUACAGUAACUUUGCUUUUGGAUACAGAAGAUAAAAGUAGAACCUACUCGAGAAAAAUCUGCCCCAGCUCCUCUUUUUUCUCCCUCCUCUCAUAACACAACUGGACAAAUUAUUUGUAUACUUACCUCUUAACCUUGAGCCUGAAGAGAGAACUUCAGGCGUAAUAGAAAUUAGAGCUCAAAUUGUAUUUCAGGACCACUUGUUUCUUGUUUGAUCCAUGCUCUCCCUUAUCUCUUAUUCUGUCUUGCUCCUGCUUUUCCUCUUCCCUCUCCUGUUCAUCCUCGCUUUCUUAUUGCUGUUCCUGCUGCUCAGUUUGCUCUUAACUUUUGUAUGUGUUCUUUUUUAUUUUCUUCUCUGGUUUCCCAUAGUUAUCCUUUUUCUUGUUACUGCCCUACUGUUGCUGAGGUUACUUAUGUUUCUCUUGAUUCUUCUCUCUCCUCCCCUUAUACAUCUAAUCAGUGACCUGCUUUUGUAACCAGCAUGACUCAGCGCAGAAAGCUGUGACACUGUAUGUUGGGAUGUUUUCAAUGGGACAGAGAGCUACAAAACAAAACUACUGUCAAAAAUUAAAAUCACAAAAUCUACAAGGGGGAAGCAGAUUGCAGAAUUAUUGCCAGUCUUCUGAAAGCAUGAGCAUCUGCUCCAGCUGUCUUUGGUGAGUAAAUAUGUCAAAGACUUAAGAUAUUUCCCCUCCACACCCCAGGGGAGGGUAACUUUAACUUUGGGCUGUCAAUUCAUACGUUUGAUCUUCCCAAGGGGUUGAGCAUUAAUAAUGCCCACUGAAGAGCAAGCAGUUGACAGUGGCUAACUUUUUGAAGAAUCUUGGUAUCUAACUGGCCACUUUAAAAAUAAAGGCUAUUUUAUAAAAAGCAGGAUUUACA